AUGAGAGCCUAUCAAUUAUCACAACUUGUCAAGGGCCCCGACGACCUACGUGUCGUCGAGAUCCCAGACUUCAAGCCUCACCCGACCAAAUACCUGAUCAAGAUCCACGCCGCCGCCAUCAACUUCUUCGACAACCUCCAGAUCCAAGGCAAGCAUCAACAAAAACCACCCUUUCCAUGGAUCGCUGGGAAUGAGUUCUCCGGUGAAAUCUUGGCCGUGCCGACCGAGAGCACCGGCAAGACUCUCAAGUUCAAGAAAGGCGACCGCGUCUUUGGUGCCGGACUCGGUGCAUUUGCCACCAUGAUUCUUGCUCCAGAGGUGGAUCUGCGACCUGUUCCCAAGGGCUGGAGUUAUGUCGAGGCCAGUAGCCUGUUCUACACGGCGCCCACGGCGUAUGCGGCGCUGAUUCUGAGAGCCCAGGCCAAGAAAGGCGACUAUGUUCUCGUCCAUGGAGCCGGCGGAGGAGUGGGCCUCGCUGCCGUCACCAUUGCCAACGCGUUGGGCAUGAAGGUCAUUGCUUCGGCCGACACAGAGAAGAAACGCGAGAUCGCCAAGCGCUUUGGCGCUCACUACGUCGUUGAUGCCAAAGGGGACUGGGCCACUGCAGCAAAGAACGUCACGCCCGACAAACGAGGUGUCGAUGUCGUUUUGGAUCCUCUCGGCGUCAUCUCUCAGUCAUUGAAAUGCAUUCGCUGGGAUGGUCGCUUGACCGUCAUUGGCUUUGCUGCGGGUGAGAUCGAGAAGAUCCCUACCAACCGACUCUUGUUGAAGAACGUCAGCCUCUCAGGCUUGUUCUGGGGUGAGUAUGCAAACCAAGACCCGGCAAGUGUCGUCCUGGUCUGGGACACCCUCCUCAAGGUCAUCGACCAGGGAGGUAUCAAACCUCUGCAGUAUACCGAGAAGGAAUUUACCGGCUUGGAACAGAUUCCCGCUGCAUUGAAGCUUCUGAGCACUGGAACUGCCUGGGGAAAGAUUGUGGUUGACGUUAGUGAGAAUGGCAAGAGUAAGCUGUGA